ACACUUCUCUUCUAUCGUCUCAACGAUACAUACAGCGGUCUCGUGCGUAACUCGUGUGUUUGUUUUUAUAAUAUAUAGUGCUCGCAGUUCGUUAGUUUGUACAAUAUGCCACCCAAGACUAGCGGCAAGGCAGCCAAGAAAUCCGGCAAGGCCCAGAAGAACAUCUCCAAGUCUGACAAGAAAAAGAAGAAGCACAAGAGGAAGGAGAGCUACGCCAUUUACAUUUACAAGGUGCUCAAGCAGGUCCACCCCGACACCGGUAUCUCCAGUAAGGCCAUGUCGAUCAUGAACUCGUUCGUGAACGACAUAUUCGAGCGCAUCGCCGCCGAGGCCUCCCGUCUCGCCCACUACAACAAGAGGUCGACGAUCACCUCCAGGGAGGUGCAGACCUCUGUGAGACUACUGCUGCCGGGAGAGCUGGCCAAGCACGCGGUCAGUGAAGGCACAAAGGCCGUCACCAAGUACACUAGCUCGAAGUGAGCUAGCCCAUCGCGUCUUGUCUUCCUCGUUGAAGUGAACGAGAUGUAAACAAAAGGCCCUUUUCAGGGCCACAAAAAGA